UUCAUUUUCUUUCAAAACACAGUUACAGUCUUACAGAACCUAACGAGAACCAAGAAAGCGCCAUGGAACAAAGAGUCGAAGGAGAAGGAGGCACCAACGAUACACGAACCAGCAGCAUUUUCAAGCUGCAACCCUUACAAAUCGACAACGAAGAUAUACUCUUCUGCAUCGACGUUGAUCCUCAAUCCAUGGUUGAGAUGAAAGGUGUCACUGGACCCAAUGGAAGACCCCUCACCCGUUUGGACGCCAUUAAACAAGCCAUCGUUCUCUUCGUCAAUGCCAAACUCACCAUCAAUCCUCAUCACCGCUUCGCUUUCGCUACUCUCUCCAAUUCCGCUUCAUGGCUGAGGAAAGAAUUUAGCAGCGAAGUUGAGUCAACAAUUGCAGCAAUGCGAGGGCUUUCGGCUACUACAUCUAGCAGUGAACCGGACCUUACUACUUUGUUCCAACUUGCUGCUCAUGAAGCUAAAAAAUCCAGUACACAGGGUCGCAUUUUCAGAGUGAUUCUAUUCUACUGCAGAUCGACUGGGCGCCCACAACAUCAGUGGCCUGAGAACCAGAGGCUCUUCACUUUGGAUAUCAUAUACCUUCAUGACAAACCUGGCCCUGACAAUUGCCCCCAAGAGGUCUAUGAUACACUGGUCGAUACUCUUGAACAUGUUACAGACUACGAGGGUUAUAUCUUUGAGAGUGGACAUGCGUCAGCAAGGAUUCUUUUUCGUCAUGUGUUAGUUCUAUUGUCACAUCCUCAGCAGCGCUGUAUCCAAGAGUACAUCAACAUACCAAAAUCACUUGCAAUUAAGGCUCCUCCUCAGGUGGAGCCAAUGGCUACUGAAGAUAAUCCUCCAGUAUCUACCCAGUGAGAAUGGCGUGGUCGUUUUAGUUCUCCCAUAUCAUUUAGGUUACUGGUUUAUCGUGGUAUCUGAUACUAGACCCUGGUAGUUUUCUGUAAACAAUUUGAAUCUUUAACUUAUAUGAGAAAAUGUGUAUAUGUUUCUGGUGUCUAAUUAUUACAUAUACCAUAUUACCAAUUGUGAAAUAAAAAGAGAAGUUCCUCUUAUCAUAAAAUGCUAUACUUUUUUUGUUACAUGAAAGGGUGAAACUGCUAAUAUUUAUUUGUUAAUUGAUACUUCUAUCUUCAAUGAAUGCAUCAAAGGAUUUUCCUUUUAUUAUUUUAAAAGAUCACAUAAAAUCUAGCAUCUUAUAUACAAGUGACUCCAUUGAGGCCACGUAAAGGGAAGGGAGAGACCAAAUUCCAUGAAAGA